AUGCAAGAGACCGGUCCAUGUAGGAAUAAGCCUUGUGUGAAUGGAGAUUGCACGAAUCAAUUUGGAGGAGGGGAAGAUUUCUAUACGUGUGACUGCUACCCCGGUUGGCAGGGUGACAACUGCGAAAUAGAUAUCGAUGAAUGCAUCGUAUUUGGAUUCCCAUGCCAAAAUGGAGCAGAGUGCAACAAUCUGGAGAAUGCAUAUUCCUGCAAUUGUACGUCUGGCUGGACUGGAUUCAAUUGUACUGAAGAUUUUGAUGAGUGCUCAAGUAUUCCAUGUCUGAAUGGCGCUACCUGUACAAAUCUGCAAGAUAGGUUUAACUGCACGUGCCCCUUACAGUGGACAGGAACACGAUGUGAAAUAGAGAAAAAUGCAUGUAUCGGUGACCCCUGUCUUAAUGGAGGCACAUGUAACAACUACUAUGACUACUACACAUGCACCUGCCCUGCUCAUUUUCUUGGUGCUCAUUGUGAAGAUGCCUCAAGUAUAUGCUAUGCGACUGGUGAUCCUCACUAUUUGACCUUCGAUGACGUAUGGCAUGACUUCCAGGGUGAUUGCGAGUAUACUCUGGUCCAGGAAUGCAGAGAUGGCACAGACUCACCAUUUAGAGUUGAUGUCAGGAAUAUUGACAAGGAAGAGAAUAUCUAUGGAUCAUAUACCUAUGAAGUAACAGUUCAAGUCUUUGAAGUGGAAAUCACUUUGAAACAAGACAGAGAGGUGUUUGUCAAUGGACGGCGAGUGACCCUACCUGCAGAACCAAUAUCAGGAUUGACCGUGAAAAGCAUUGGUUUCUAUGUGGAAGUAUCAGCCGACGUCCAGUCAAAUGGUCAGAAUGUUUAUAUCUUUGUCAAAUGGGAUGGUCAACGAACUGUUGAGGUCAGACUGCCAUUUGCCCAGUAUCAGAAUAUCACAUGUGGUCUAUGUGGUAAUUUCAAUGGGAACCUGACAGACGAGUUUAUUAUGCAAGAUGGCCAGUUGGCGACUGAUGUUCAAGAGUUUGGCAAUAGUUGGACAGUAAACCCUGCAACUUGUGUCCCGUUGGUUCCUGAAGAUAAUCUCUGCAACGAAACGUCUGAUGCGUAUAACCAGGCUUCCCUUGCCUGUCAAAUCAUAACAGAUUCUACAGGGCCUUUUCAGAGAUGUUUUGACACUCUUGACCCCAUUCCAUUCUAUGAUGCAUGCGUGUUUGAUGGCUGUAUAGUCCCUGCUAGUCAGCUCAACGAAACAACAUGCCAUCUCAUUGAACUCUACGCACAGGCAUGCCUUGACCGCGAAGCUGUCAUAGAGGAUUGGAGAAACGAUUCCUUCUGUCCGGUUUCCUGCCCAGCUGACCAGGCAUACAGUUGGUGUACCGAUGCCUGUCCAUCUACCUGUUAUGAUGUCAUACAAGGGGCUUCCCCAAUCUGUGACAGACCAUGUGUUGAGGGAUGCCGGUGUCCAGAUGGCCUGGUGUUUGAUGGCUUUGACUGUGUAGACAUGAGCCAAUGUGGAUGUUAUGUGGAUGGAAUAUACUACUCGAUUGGGGAUAGCAUUUACACCCCUGGCUGCUUCUCCAAGCGCACUUGCAGCGGUAACAAUAAGAUUGAUAGCUCUGCCCAGACCUGCAGCGAGUUUGCUACUUGUAGAAUUGAGGAAGGCGAACAUGGCUGCAAUUGUCUAGCUGGUUAUGCUGGAGAUGGAAUCACGUGUUCAGACAUCAACGAGUGUGACAGCAGCCCGUGUAUCAAUGGAGCAUGUGUGAAUGACAUCAACUUCUAUGCGUGUAACUGUGACCGUGGAUGGUCUGGUUACAACUGUGACCUUGCCUGUGUGGAGAAUCCUUGUGGAAAUGGAGGCUCCUGUGUGGAAAUCGAUGCUACUUCAUUUGAGUGCCAAUGCCCUUUCCCAUUCAAUGGAACAUUCUGUGAAAUCAGUGAGUACAUGUAG